GCUUCUCACUUGUUUCGAGAGUGUAGUGCGUAGUACCCACCGAAAAUUGAAUCGUAGCACUCAUUUGACGUUUCAAUCGAGAAUAAGAAGUGCAAGGUAAUGACGGAGCGUUUGGAAACGGUGGUUGUAAUAGCUUGCAUGAAGACCCUGUUGAUGCUGUUCAACUGCUUCUUUUGGACCUUUGGGAUAUUGAUACUCUGCAUCGGUAUUUGGGUACGAAUUCAACUCCAGCACUACAUGGACGUCAGUGACGAAAGCAGCUGGCACGGAUUGUUGGCAUUUGCCAGCUUGGGUGCAGUUUUAACUUUGACAGCAACAUUCGCGUGCUGCUGCAUAACUCGAGAACAACCUGCCCUAUUGUAUCUGUAUGGCGCAUUCUUGGGUAUCAUGGCAUUACUGGAAUUCGCAAUUGGCUCCUCCAUUUAUAUUCACCGUUCCAACUUAAAUGAAAAAUUCGAUCGUGAUUGGAAUAAAACCAUGGCCAUUUAUGGACAAAACCAAAAGAAGACCUCUGACAUCGAUGCCAUACAAACUACCUUGCAAUGCUGCGGUAAUAAACAUUAUACUGAUUGGCUGAACACAAAUCCACCACAGGAAAUUCCGCGAUCUUGCUGCAAAGUACAAGAUGAUACGUGCGACACUAAUAACGAAAAUGAUAUUCACACUCAGGGCUGUUCCUUUUUCGCCUUGUAUCUGGUAAAUAAGCAGUUGAUAGUGGUUGCUGGAAUUGUAAUUGGCGUCGCUUUCUUGCCUGUCAUAGGCGCUUUCCUAGCGUGUUGCUUAGCCAGCAACAUCAACAAAGUCAAGUACGAGCAAGUUGCUUAGAACUUGCGACGGAAAAACUCGCCGUGCCGUCGCAAAAAAUCUGGAAAAACGACGUUCCGUAACAAUAACCUGCGUUCUAUGUCAAUUUCGAAAGUUACAGACUCGCGUGCCCUCUCGCAAUGAACGAAAUGUUUUACGUAUAGUUGCUGCAUCAAAACCAUUAUUUUCCUUAUCACGAUUAAAUUUGCAAUGCUGGCGUCGAAGUGUUAUUUCUAUACGUGUAUAAAAUGAUUAACUCCUCGCACACGAAAAUUUUUUCCUGUCGAAAAUUUAUAACAGAAAACGACAUUGUUUUACUAAAAAUCGUUGACAUAUUUUACAGUACGAUGAAAGUAAAAUCACACGUAAAUUUAUACAUAUGUAAUUAUUUUAUUUCGAUAUUUCGUGAAUUUUUGUCUACCUCAAAUUUGAGAAUCGACCAUCGGUGCUUAUAAUUUUUAUAAAUGACGGGGGAUAUGUUCGUAAAUGUCUAGCUUUUGUUUGCUUGACAGUUUCGUUUAUCAUAGAUAUUUCGUGUCACGUCUGCCACCUAAACUUCUCGUUCAAACCUUGUGUAUAGUGUUAUCAUUUGUUUUAUAUGCACCGGAAACGUCAGUGGCCUGAAUGGAAAGUACAGCGUGGAAAUAAGCACACGAAACGCGAUAUUUAAUUACCGUUCCACUUCUUCUUUUUGCUACUUCGGAUUUUAUUAAAAGAAAAAAAUUAGGUUAAUAAGUUCCUUAUGCAUGUUACAAUCGAGUAUUAUAAUUUAUAUGCUGCCGAAGUUAUUAAAAUAACUUCCU